UCUGCGACAUACCGUAUUGCGUUUCGUCAAGAUGGCGGCCUCCUAUGUCAUUGUUUAACAUUUUAGGUCGUGUGUUACGGUAUAUAUACUGGACAUUUUAUAGGAUACAUUAAAGGGUAUACGUAUCAAAUUAAGUAGGGUGAUAACAUUAUGUAUAAUACUUAUUUCAGUUAAUGUGACUGUCGACAGCGAGGAUGAUAUCCAUCAUAAUAACAUUAGGUUCUGUAAAUAUGGAUGGAUAGCUAGCUAACAGUUACAUAUCUAAUUUAAUCAGUUAAUGUAAUUUUCCUGCCACCGUUUAUUUAUUUAAUCGACUUAGCUAUCUAUACUAGCUUGUGUCAAGCUUGGAUAUAGACCUGUAAAGGGUUUGCUUGAUAUCUGUUUAAACUUUAAUUAGUAAAAGACCUUCAGCUGUAAAGAUGACAGUAAUUUGGUCUCGGCUCUCGUGCAUUGUUUUGCUAAACCGUGGACAGAGGAACAUAAGUCUUUUCUCCAACACAACGCCUUCUAAUUGGAAUAAAGUGGUCUCGGAUGCAGAGAAAAUCGUGGGUUAUCCGACUUCUUUUAUGAGCCUACGCUGCUUGCUGAGUGAUGAACUCAGUAAUGUAGCAAUGCACGUGAGGAAACUGGUUGGAACAAAACACCCGUUACUCAACACUGCAAGGGGCUUCGUGUAUGACAGUAGAAACAACCUUCAGAUGAGGGGCCUGGUUGUCCUACUGAUGUCCAAGGCAGCCGGUCCCGGCCAGCACAAAGCCUCAGACGUCUUCCCCCAGGAUAUGGUCAGUGGCAUCUACCCCAGCCAGCGGAACCUGGCAGAAAUCACAGAGCUCAUCCACACGGCUUUCCUGGUGCACCGUGGGAUUGUCAACCUCAAGGAGUGGACCAACUCAGACGGACCCCUGAAGGACAUGCAGUUUGGAAACAAGAUGGCCGUUCUCAGUGGGGACUUCUUGCUCGCUAACGCCUGCACCGGACUGGCCCAGCUAAACAAUACUAAGGUUGUGGAGUUGAUCUCAAGUGCCAUUGGUGACUUGGUGCAGGGAAUCUACCAUGAGAUGCCCAACAGUUUGGAGGACAAGAGCCUGACUGAUGACAUCAACAUGGUUACGUGGGAGGAGCAGAGGUUCUUGUCCCAUGGUGCCUUGCUGGCGAAAAGCUGUCAGGCAGCGAUGGAGCUCGCCAAACAUGACAAAGAUGCCCAAGGACUGGCCUACAAAUAUGGCAAGCAUCUAUCACUGGGCCACAAGUUGAACUCUGACCUGCAGCCAUUUGUGAAGAACAGUUCAGCAGGCCCAGUAACAUUCAGUUUGAACUCUGCUCCCGUGGUUUUCCACCGGCAGAUCGUGGGGCAGGAGAGAUGGCGUCAUCAGCUGCAACAGGCAAAAACUAUUGGAACUAUUGACUAUACAAAGCUGCGGUCCACGAUCAAGUUGGAGGAAGGUGUCACCUCGACAAUGGACCUGUGUCGUUACCACGGCAACAAAGCUCUGGAGUCCAUCCAGUGUUUCCCUUCCUCUGAGGCACGCUCAGCUUUGGAGAACAUCGCGAGCACUGUCACAAAGUUCUGACCCCCCAUUACCCUGUGGCCUCAGGAUGAAUUGCACCAUCAAUUGAUGCUCAAAUACACACAAAAUAAAAACAAUCUUUGUUCUAUUUAAGCCAAUCAGUGAGCAGAACUCAGUCCUAUAGAUGUUUACCAGAAAUGAAACUACAGAUUGCCCUUUUCAAAACGCCAUUUAACUGUUUGCUAUUAAAACAGUUCCUAUCCAGUCA